CUGAGGCGGAGCGCCCCGGCUGGCUCGCGGCGCAGCGGCCGCCUUUCCCCUGCGCGCCUGCCGGCGGCGGCGGUGGCGGCGUCGGCAAUCCCGGCUCUUGGCACCACGCCUGGCGGCCGGCCCUAGGCGAGGAGUGGCUUCCAGGAAGCGGGCGGCGGAGCGUUCCAGCCGAGUCUCGCCGUCGCCGCGGCCCCGCGCGCUCCGAGCGGCCCGGCCCGGCCCCUCACGCACUCUCUUCACGCCCCCGGCGUCCCCCGCACGGGCGGAAGGCGCGGGGCCGACGCGAGGGCGGGCGGGCGCCCGGGCGCGCCGUGCACUUGCCGGGCGGUGCAGGUGGCGGCGCGCGCCCUCCGCCUCUGGGCCCCCGCCAGCGCCUUGCUCCGCACGCCCGGAGGGGGCGGGAGAGGCGGGGCGGCCCCGUCCCAGCCCCAUUUAACUUCUCGGCGGCGGCGGCGACUGCGGCGCCGCGGGCUGGAGGCCAGCGUCGGGGAAGGUCCCGGUGCCGGAUUCCGCACGAGGUGUUGACUGGGCCGCUUCUGUCCGCCUCUCCUCCGCGUGCGCCGAGCCCGCGCGGCCCGGGCUGCACGUCCCAGACGCUUCUGCGGCGCCAGGCUGCAAGUGAGCUCCCCAGGAGACCGGACUCCAUGGCUUCCUGGAAGAGCCCCUGGUGGCUGCUGGUAUGGAAGGUCUUCAUGCACUCUGCCCUCCUGCAGACCACAGCAGAGAAGUCUCCUGGGGCCUAUUUCCUUCCUGAGUUUGCACUCUCCCCUCAGGGAAGUUUUCUGGAAGAUACAACAGGGGAGCAGUUCCUCACGUAUCGCUAUGACGACCAGACUUCAAGAAACACUCGUUCGGAUGAAGACAAAGAUAGCAACUGGGAUGCUUGGGGUGACUGGAGUGACUGCUCCCGGACUUGUGGGGGAGGAGCGUCCUAUUCUCUGCGGAGAUGUUUGACUGGCAGGAAUUGUGAAGGGCAGAAUAUUCGAUACAAGACGUGCAGCAAUCAUGACUGCCCUCCGGAUGCGGAGGACUUCAGAGCCCAGCAGUGUUCAGCCUACAAUGAUGUUCAGUAUCAGGGACGUUAUUAUGAGUGGCUUCCGGAGUACAACGAUCCCGCUGCCCCGUGUGCGCUCAAGUGUCACGCACGGGGACAGAACUUGGUAGUGGAGCUGGCACCCAAGGUCUUGGAUGGAACUCGUUGCAAUGCUGACUCCUUGGACAUGUGUAUCAGCGGCAUCUGUCAGGCAGUGGGCUGCGACCGACAACUGGGGAGCAACGCCAAGGAAGACAACUGUGGUGUCUGUGCUGGUGACGGCGCCACCUGCAGGCUGGUGCGGGGACAAUCAAAGUCACAGGUUUCUCCUGAAAAAAGGGAAGAAAAUGUAAUUGCUGUUCCUUUGGGAAGUCGAAGUGUGAGAAUUACAGUGAAAGGACCUGCACAUCUCUUCAUUGAAUCAAAAACACUUCAAGGAAGCAAAGGAGAGCACAGCUUUAACAGCCCUGGAGCCUUUGUUGUAGAAAACACAACAGUUGAAUUUCAGAGGGGCUCCGAGAGGCAAGCCUUUAAGAUUCCAGGACCUCUGAUGGCUGAUUUCAUCUUCAAGACCAGGUACACUGCGGCCAAGGACAGCGUGGUCCAGUUCUUCUUUUACCAGCCAAUCAGUCAUCAGUGGAGACAAACUGACUUCUUUCCCUGCACUGUGACAUGUGGAGGAGGGUAUCAGCUCAAUUCUGCUGAAUGUGUGGAUAUCCGGUUGAAGAGGGUGGUUCCUGACCAUUAUUGCCAUUACUACCCUGAGAAUGUGAAACCAAAACCAAAACUGAAGGAAUGCAGCAUGGAUCCUUGCCCAUCGAGUGAUGGAUUUAAAGAGAUCAUGCCCUAUGACCACUUCCAACCUCUCCCUCGCUGGGAACAUAAUCCUUGGACUGCGUGUUCGGUGUCCUGUGGAGGUGGGAUUCAAAGACGGAGCUUCGUGUGUGUGGAGGAGUCCAUGCAUGGAGAGAUACUGCAAGUGGAAGAAUGGAAGUGCAUGUAUGCGCCUAAACCCAAGGUUAUGCAAACCUGCAAUCUGUUCGACUGUCCCAAGUGGAUUGCCAUGGAGUGGUCUCAGUGCACAGUGACUUGUGGCCGGGGGUUACGUUACCGCGUUGUUCUGUGUAUCAACCAUCGUGGACAGCACGUUGGUGGCUGUAAUCCACAACUGAAGUUACACAUCAAAGAAGAAUGUAUCAUUCCCAUCCCGUGUUACAAACCCAAAGAAAAAAGUCCAGUGGAAGCGAAAUUACCUUGGCUGAAACAAGCACAAGAACUAGAAGAGACCAGAAUAGCAACCGAAGAACCAACGUUCAUUCCAGAGCCCUGGUCCGCCUGCAGCACCACGUGUGGGCCGGGCGUUCAGGUGCGAGAGGUGAAGUGCCGCGUGCUCCUGACGUUCACGCAGACGGAGACCGAACUACCCGAGGAAGAGUGUGAAGGCCCCCGGCUGCCCACCGAGCGGCCCUGCCACCUGGAACCCUGUGAUGAGAGCCCCACCUCCCGUGAGCUGGCCGCCUCCCAGCAGGAGCAGGACAGCGAGAUGACUUACGACUGGGAGUACGCUGGGUUCACCCCUUGCACCGCCACGUGUUUGGGAGGCUAUCAAGAAGCCAUUGCAGUGUGCUUACACAUCCAGACCCAGCAGACGGUCAACGACUCCUUGUGUGAUAUGGUCCACCGUCCUCCAGCAAUGAGUCAGGCUUGUAACACGGAACCCUGCCCACCCAGGUGGCACACGGGCUCUUGGGGACCCUGCUCAGCUACCUGUGGCGUUGGAAUCCAGACCCGAGAAGUGUACUGCCUGCACCCUGGGGAAUCCCCCUCCCCUCCUGAGGAAUGCCAAGAUGAGAAGCCCCAUGCCUUACAAGCAUGCAAUCAGUUUGAUUGCCCUCCUAGCUGGCAUAUUGAAGAAUGGCAGCAGUGUUCCAGGACCUGUGGUGGGGGAACUCAGAAUCGCAGGGUCACCUGUCAGCAGCUGUUAACGGAUGGCAGCUUUCUGAGUCUCUCAGAUGAAUUGUGUCAAGGACCCAAGGCAUCUUCUCAUAAGUCCUGUGCCAGAACAGACUGUCCUCCGCAUCUAACUGUGGGAGACUGGUCAAAGUGUUCUGUCAGUUGUGGUGUUGGAACCCAGCGGAGACAGCAGGUAUGCCAAAGGCUGACGGCCAAAGGCCGGCGUGUCCCCCUCAGUGAGACCGUGUGCAGGCAUCUUCCUGGGCCCCCUCUUGCGAGAUCUUGCCGAAUGCCUGUGUGCAGGAAAAUGCAGCCAGAGAUGAAGACCAACCUUGGCAAGCAGGGUCCUCAGAUCCUUGGUGUCCAGAGAGUCUACAUUCAGACAAGGGAAGAGAAGCGCCUGAACCUGACCGUCGGGAGCAGAGCCUAUUUGCUGCCCAACACAUCUGUGAUUAUUAAAUGCCCAGUGCGACGAUUCCAGAAAUCUCUGAUCCAGUGGGAGAAGGACGGCCAUUGUCUGCAGAACUCCAAACGACUCGGCAUCACCAAGUCAGGCUCACUGAAAAUCCACAGCCUGGCAGCCCCCGACAUCGGCAUGUACCGGUGUAUCGCAGGCUCUGCCCAAGAGACAGUGGUGCUCAAGCUCAUUGGCACGGACAACCGGCUCAUUGCACCCCCAGCCCUCAGAGGGCACACAAGGGAAUAUCCUGGGAUGGACCACAAUGAAGCCAAUAAUUUGGGAGCCACAUGGCAUAAGAUGAGGCAGAAGUGGAGUAACCAAAAUGAGCUUUAUUUGGACGAUGGCCGAAUUCAUCACCAGCCUCUCUUAAGAGCUCUGUUGGGCCACUGCAGCCAUUCUGCAGGAAACGCCAACUCCUGGGAGUUUGAGAGAAAGCAGUUUGAAGCCGCAGUUAAACAGGGAGCCUACAGCAUGGAUACCGCCCAGUUUGAUGAACUGAUAAGGAACAUGAGUCAGCUCAUGGAGACUGGAGAGGUCAGUGACGACCUUGCGUCCCAGGUGAUAUAUCAGCUGGUGGCCGAGUUAGCGAAGGCGCAGCCUGCACACGUGCAGUGGCGGGGCAUCCUGGGAGAGGCGCCUCCCACGGCUCACCUAAGGGGGGAAACGGGAAGUGUGCCCCAAAGCUCAAAUUCGAAAAACUCGGGCAAGCUGACAUUCAAGCCAAAGGGACCUGUUCUCUUGAGGCAAACCCAGCCCACCUCGAUUUCUUUUAAUAAAACAGUACAUUCAAGGAUUGGAAAUACAGUCUACAUUACAAGAAGGACGGAGGUCAUCAAUAUACUGUGUGAGCUUGUUACCCCCGGUGAGGCCACGUAUACGUGGACCAAGGAUGGAGCAUUGUUACGACCCUCCGAAAAAGUCAUUGUGGAUGGAAUGGGGAAAAUACAGAUACAGAAACCUACAAAGAAGGAACAAGGAAUAUAUGGAUGUUCUGUCGCUAAUCAUCUGGGUUCGGACGUGGAAAGUUCUCCUGUGCUGUAUGCAGAGGCACCUGCCAUCUUGUCUAUUGGAAGAAAUAUCACCAGACCGGAGCACAGCCAUCUCUCCGUCGUGAUUGGAGGCAUCGUGGAAGCACCCCAGCGAGCAAACGUGACCAUCCAAUGUCCUGUAAGAGGUGUCCCUCAACCUAAUGUAACUUGGUUGAAGAAAGGAGGAUCUCUGAGUGACAAUAUUUCCUUGCUUUUCAAUGGAUCCCUGUUGUUGCAGAAUGUUUCCCUUGAAAGUGAAGGAACCUAUGUCUGUACAGCCACCAAUGCUCUUGGAAAGGCGAUGGCAACAUCCAUCCUCCACUUGCUGGAGACUUUCUGGGAGCUUGGUAGCUGGACACAUUGUUCUGCCACUUGCGGCCACUUGGGAGCCCGAGUUCAGAGACCCCAGUGUGUAAUGGCCAACGGGCAGGAAGUGAGUGAGGCCUUCUGUGAGCACCUCCAGAAGCCGCUGGCUGGGUUCCAGCCCUGUAACAUCUGGGACUGCCCCUCGAGGUGGUUCACAGGCACAUGGUCAGAGUGCUCUGUGUCUUGUGGUGAAGGAUUCCGCAGUCGGCAAGUGACCUGUAAGCGGACAAGAGCCAAUGGGACUGUACAGGUGAUGCCUCCGAGAGCAUGUGCCCCCAGAGAGAGGCCUCUGGGAAGAAGCCCCUGCUCCAGUCACCCGUGUGUUCCAGGGCUUAUUGAACCAGGGAACCAGUGUCCUGGACGUUGCCUGGGUCGCGCUGUGAGGAUGCAGCAGCAGCAGCAGCAUAUAAUUUGUCAACACCCCAACCGUUCUGAGUCCGGCUGUGAUGACAGGAGACCCACCUUUUGGAGGAACUGCUCGUCGCGGGCUUGUGACACAUGUUGGCACGCAGGCCCUUGGAGGCCCUGUACGUCAGCCUGUGGUCAGGGCUUCCAGUCUAGGAAGGUGGACUGUGUCCACACGAGGAGCUGCAAGACGGUGGCUGAGAGACGCUGUGAGCCGGGAAAGAAACCCUCUUCCUGGCGGCACUGCCUGGGGCCUUCCUGUGAUAGUACGUACCCCUCUCAGGAGGCUGCACAGACACAACUCACUACUGUACGUUUGUAAAGCAUCUUAAUUUGUGUUCGCUAGACCUCUACAAACAAAGGUGCUGUCAGUCGUGUAAAGAAGGAUAAAACUUCUAGGGGGUCCUAAUGCCACUGGGAAGAUGAAGCAAAAUGUAAAAGCUCUCUUCCCCAUGUAGCCGGCACAAAGACACGUAUUUCUUUACAAAAAAACCCUCUAGAUUCUACAAUCAGACAGAAGUCGAUGCAAAUCACCACUGUUAAAAUUUGGGACUGUCAUUUCCCCAUGGCCGGUUUUUAAUUCCAACUCUUUUAAAUGAUAUGUUCCAGGACUAACAUAAAAUACUGUAGCAGGCACACCAUUGCACGUGGGACCUCGUCCUGUCCUUCUAAUCAGGAAAUCACCAAGAUCACCUGUGCAUUGUCACGAGCUGCCUCUUCCUGUGAUUUAUAGACUAGUAGAGAGUACGACAUCCUGAAGGCUUGAGAAACACGGCAACUGAUGACUUCUCUCAGUUUUAGGGUUGCAACAGGUUUAUAAGGCAUUUACAUUUUAGAAGCUCUGGCCAGUAGUUGUUAAGAUGUUGGCUCCAAUGGCAUUUUUAUGGACCCUUACGUUUAGUCUGUGAAAAGGAGACAAUCACUCUGGACAGGCUUGUGACCCUGACUGAUCCAGACAUCCUGGAGGAAUGGCAUCUUUUCCUUGCUCUUAGAGAACACUGCGUAAACAUUGCUGCCAUUUUUGCAACUACGGAAAUCGAUCUGUGACCAAAUGAGGCAUCUUAGAAAUUAAAGGAGAUGGAAAGUUAACCUCUUCUACUGAUUUUGAAGUAUAUUCAAAGCGUUCUUUUAAGAGCUGUGUAUGAGAUUUUUCUCAGCACUAUUCUCUUGCACACAAACAGAAAAACCAAAGCCUUGUUAGACCAAAUUUAUGCAUAAGAUAGUAUUCCUAAGGAUUUUUAUUUUGGAAAAAUUAUGAGAAAGUAAUCUAACUAUGAAACAUGAUAGCUGAAAAGAGCUGUUUACAGUAAAUAACUUUUAAUUUGAACUGAUUUGUCAGUAAAUCUAAAGCGAAUUAGCAUUAGGCUGGAAGGUACAGUUAGGAUGAGAAGUUAAGAGUUAGGAUUUGGUGACUAAGUUUAGGGUUCAUUUUAGUUUUAGCCUUGGGUUAGGUGAGAGAAAUGGAGGUUCACUUAUUGUUAAGGCUAGAGUUGGCUUUAUGGAUUAGGGUUAGGUCAGAAUUGGUUUGGGUUUGGAUCGUGCCAAUGCUGGCAUUAGUGACGGCGUCAGGGUGGAGGUAAAGUUUGGAGAAGAUGUUGCUGCGGAAGGAGUUGGGAACUAGUAUUUAAUUGUAAGUUCUAAAGCUGAUUUGGUUAGGGGGCUCUUACCUUACAUACUAUCAGUUAUGGCUUUGGAUGGCACACAACCCCAAAUAAGUGGUCAUACUUCUUUAUUCGGGGUCCCAGCUGCCUGUGCGCAUGUUGCCUAUAGGCUGUCGGCAGCAAAGUUACCUGAAGCAGGUGUGCUGGCCCUAGUCCCUGGUCACUCAUAAGUGAGCAGUGCGUUCUGGCUUUGGAUUUGUCUGUGGACAAGCUUGCUGAGUCUCUGCCACAUCCUGAGCACUAGGUCUCUUGUUCUAACUGCAGCCUCACUGACACUGGGAUGAGCACUACUGUACGUGGAGGGUUUGGUGGUUGGGAAUGGGUGCGGGAACGUGACGAGGACACACCAGCCUGUGAGUUGUUCAUCAUCAAUCACACUUGAUUGUUGAAGGCUUUUUAAAUUAAAAGAGAGAUCAUUUGUACAAUACUCUUUGUAUAUAUUUAUUAUAUGACUUAAAGGUGCAAUAUUUUAUUUUGUACAGUAUGUAAUAAAGACAGGGGACAUGUAUUUUUCUGAUUAACAAAAUUUCUUAUUAAACUGCUUCACUUUGUAUUUAAAGUUGCUAUUUUCAUUUGCUGUUGUACCUUUUGUCUUGUUAUCAUUCAAAUGACCUUCCUGUGUACUGUAUUUUACUACUGUUUCUAUCACCUAAGAGUUACUAUUUCUCUUUCACAAUCCUGACUAGGAAUUCAGAAAUAAAUGUACUUUGAUUAUUCAGUG